AUGCAUCCUCCGUCGGGGACGACAGUCUACCGGAAAACUCUCCUAGUUGAUGACGGGUCCCUUGAGGGUUCAAAGUCAAUGGCGGUCACCAUAAACAAUGCUCCUUCCUCUACCCCAGCAGCAGGCAUCAUGGUCGCCGCCACUGCUGAAGAAGGAGGUCCCUUAGAUGGCUCCUCUUUUAUGAAGAAGAGGAAGGCUGAGGGACCUGAACCCUCGCUUCAGGGAAGGUCCAAGAGCACGAGGAGAGCCGAAGCCAUUUCUUCAAGUCUUCCAAUUCCUGAAUCUGCUUACAUUCAGGGUAGGAAUCCUGAUUCAGGAAUUGUUUUGAGAGAGCCGCUGAGUUCAGGGAUGCUACCCCCCAGGCGUCCUCGAGAUAAAGAGAAGAUUGGAAAUAUCUUUAGAUGUUUCAACACUCGUUCUGGGAAGAAACUUCCAUCCUUUGGGCACUGGAGGGAUGACGUCAAGAAGAUGUAUAUCAGUCAUUCAUUCCACUCUUCUCAGGGAACCCUGUAUGUGAACAGCAUCAUCAACCAUUACGAAGAGGAGCUCACCAAAGUUUCCAAGAGAGCUGUUAUUACCGAAGGAGAGAUUGAGAAACUCCAAUCUUCCAACCAACUUGCGAAGGAGACGACUGGUCUCGACUCGGCUCGUCAGAAAGAAAUCGAGCAACUCGAAAGAUUUGGCGAGGAGACGAGGAAGAAUUUGGCUGAGACAGAGCAAAAGCUAAAAACUGCUCUUGCUGACCAAAACUUCGCAAAGGGCGAGAUCGAGCUUCUGAAAUCAGAGCUUAGCAAGGUCAAAACAGUUGCUGAGGAGUUCGAGCGAAAAAAUGAGUCUCUUUUCAAACUGAAAGAUCAGGAUGUUCGCAAGAUAUCUCAUGAUGCUCGGAAAGAGGUUAAAGGAGCUGGGCAAAAGUUCCUUCUUGCCGUGCAAGAAUUUAUCUCUGCAGAUAAAGCUUAG